ACUUAUCUUUUGCUGUGCAAUCCCAAUUAUCUACGGACUUUGCCUAAUAUAGAAACAAUGGAUAUGAUUGGGAAUUACUAUCCUGGGGAUUUCCUUACGGCGGCUGCGUCGUCUUCCCAGUUUUGGUCGGAACAGGGUGCCGGCGGCGGCGCUGAGUAUUCGCCAAUUUCUUCCGACGACACUGGCAGUUCCAGCAGCCAUUGCAGUUUCACGACCAAAUCGAAUGUGUUUGAAGAGGAUAUGGUCCUGCUGGCUUCUAACAACCCCAAGAAACGCGCCGGCCGGAAGAAAUUCCAGGAGACGCGUCACCCGGUGUACAGGGGAGUGAGGAGGAGGAACUCCGGCAAGUGGGUCUGCGAGGUCAGGGAGCCCAACAAGAAGUCGAGGAUUUGGCUCGGGACCUUCCCGACGGCGGAGAUGGCUGCCCGGGCUCACGACGUCGCCGCCAUUGCCCUCCGAGGCCGAUUCGCCUGCCUCAACUUCGCCGACUCUGCCUGGCGGCUUCCCGUCCCGGCUUCCUCCGACGCCAAGGACAUCCAGAAGGCCGCCGCGGAGGCUGCGGAGGCGUUCCGACCGGAAAUGGGUAUUGAACCCGCCGCAGACGCGGAGGAGAUGACGCCUGAAAGUAAUGGGUUCUUGAUGGACGAGGAGGCGCUUCUUGAAUCGCCGGGAUUUUACACUGACAUGGCAGAAGCUCUUAUGUUGCCUCCCCCUGGAUAUACGGAUGGUGACGUGGAGCCUGUCGUUGACGUGUCACUGUGGUCUUACUCUUUUUGACUGAUCACUCCUCUAUGGUGGAUUUGUGUUGUCUAUUAUUCUGUACUAUUAGUUAGCUUAGUGUUAGUGUAUGUAGGAUGCAAUUAUAACUAUAAUAAUAAUAUAAUCAUUAUAAACAUAAAAGAAAGAAGAAGAAUACAAGUUGAGAGUGAUUUUGUUCACCUCUUUUUGUCUUUCUCCAAGCAGCCAAUUAUGGAUUGUGGUAGCCCAAUCUCUUUCUUUUUGUGUACAUUUUGUGAAGCUGUACGGAUGGCCAUAAGUAGUCAUUUGCUGAAUCUAAAAAAUGCUUUUAUGCUGUUGACUUUUCAAGUCUCCCAUAUAUGUAACAUUGAUUUAUAAUAUCAUACUUCCUAUGUUGAAUGUA